UGAUAUUGUCCACGGCCAUGGAGUGGUCUUCCUCCCCGACACCCUCAGCUGCCUUCAUCUUCUUCUCUUUCUUUCGCCUCUUCCUCUCAGCCUUUUCAUUGUCAUCUGAACAUGAAGACUUCCAGAAUCCGAACGACCCCUGCGAUAACUCUUUUGAGCCACACUCAGAAAAUUAUCCUGUGGUUGAGCUCGAAUACCCAAACACUGGGGCAUCUGAAAAGUUUAUUUUAUUGGCACCCAAGGAUCCCGACCACUACAAUCCUAUAAUGUGCUUGGAAAGUACGCUACAUAUCAUACUGAAGGACUACCUGACUCCACCUCAGCGCGCGAUGUUCGGGACUCUGCCAGAUGCAUGUUUCGCAGACGUCGAGAUGCCUAUACCCAUUCCCUCCGUGCCGCCUCCAAUUAUAGUCGAAUCAGAACUAUCCUCGCCCUCUCCCCCGCCACUGUCCUCUGCAUCAUCGCCUGCUCCCUCUGUAUCAGAAGCAUCCUCGUCCGCGACGUCCUCGUCCUCAAUAUUUUCCUCUGUCUCAUCCGUCUCAUCCGUCUCCUCGUUUUCAUCUAUAUCAUCAAUGUCUUCCUUCACCGACCUGUCCAACCACGCAACGCCGUGUGCAUUAGGGCCACCCUCGGUGGACUACUUGCGCCUCCUGCAGCGGGCGAUCAACAAGCAUGACGGGCCUCUGUUCCUCAAGGUCAUGAACGCGAUCAACGCGCUCCUCCGGUUGCUGAAGUAUCCGCCAGUUCCGGCAGACCCUUUCGAUCCUCUGCCCCCAAAUGCUUUCCAGGAGGCCGUGCGAGCAUGGGGAUUCAUACCUCAAGGCGUCAUCGAACGCGUCGUCGAGGAAGUCUACCAGCGCGCGGUCGGGCCGAACGUCGCUCAACUGAAGCACUACCAAGCCUUCUCUUCCUCGGCCUACGGCGAGCUCAUGCCGACGCUCGUCUCGCGGAUCAUCCGGGACACCGCCUUGCACGAGGGCUCGCUUUUCCUCGACCUCGGUUCGGGCGUCGGCAACGUCGUGCUCCAGGCGAGCCUGCAGACGGGGUGCACGAGCUACGGGAUCGAGCUCAUGGAGCAGCCGGCGAAGCUGGCGCGGAGCCAGCUGGAGCAGUUCCAGGUGCGGUGCAGGAUGUGGGGAUUCAGGAUGGGCGAGGUGGAGCUGGAGGAGGGGGAUAUGUUGAAGAGCAGACGCGUGGAUGAGCUGAUACCCAAGGCAGACGUCGUCCUGGUGAAUAAUAGGGUGUUUGAGCCUUUGCUCAACGAGGCGAUCCGCCCGAAGUUUUUAGAUUUGAAGGAAGGUGCUAUUGUUGUCUCGCUGCGAGAGUUCGCUCCCCUCUCAGGUGUCACAGAGCGCAAUUUGGACGACAUCAGCGCGAUUUUCCAAGUAACGAAGAAAAAUUACCACCCCGGCCACGUCUCCUGGCACGGCCUCGGCGGGGACUAUUACCUGCACCGCGUAGAUCGCGAGUGUUACGCCAGCAUCAAGCAGCAAUUUGAGAAUACCGCGAGCACUCGGACUAAGCCCGUACGGAGCUCUCGUCUGCGACGAUGACGAUCCUGGGCUGGACUCUUGUCUCGCAUCACUGGACUCGUCUGUCACUGGACUUGGGUCUUCCAUCUCACAUGGAUUCUGGAUUCCGGACGCCGGAUGCCUCCCACUCGCAUGCUCGUUCAAGUUACUCGUUGCUCGCUACACUGCUCCUGUUUUGUUUUCUGCUCUCAACCCAACUCAAUGACCUAGCAUCGAAUUGCUUUCUGCUCGCGCUCGCAGUGUUGUAUUGUUAUCUUUAUUGUCGUUAAUGUUGCGUAAUCUAGUCGGUGCUCUAAGUAGUGUAGUGUAAUGUACUUAGAAAGCCUCGCCUCCCGUUCGCGGAGGCUCCUCGGAAUCGGCAUACCAUCUGAACGUAUAACAGUUGUUGCGAGUAUCAUUGCUUGGAAUGUUUUGCAUGAACACUCCAGUGUUGCGAGGC